UUGCAAGAAGAAAUUUUGAAAAGAAACUCUUGGAAAAGGUUCGAUUUUCCAUGCUUAAUUCUCGAGCAGUGCAAAUAGGAAAGAUGCCCAAACCUGAAGUGCUAUGUGAUGUCAUCUGAUGAUGUCACAGGAUCUAGAGGAGCAGUGGAAACCAUGGAAACGUAACAUUCUGUCCUUGCUAGCCACCAUCCUUGACAGUUAGCAAACCUGGCCACCUCCUUAGCUCUGCUGUACUUAGUUUUAGCUACGCUGUCAGUUGGAGUUUUGUUUCAAAACAGAAGCAGAGUUGAAUUUCUGAAAACCCAAUUUUUAAAGAAAACUACUGUUUUCAGGAUAAAAUUAAGAUUUCCCUGUACAGGGAUAGCUUUUAUGUUUUAAUGAAUGUUCUGCCUGAAUAAAACAAGUAGAGUAGAUGCAUAAGAAGUGAAAAUGGCUGAAGGUGGAAAUGACCGCUAUUUUUAUUCUCCGUAUGCACAGCAAAACUACAGCAACAUCUUGUGUUUCUGGGAAACGCAGCCAUUAGGCUGUGUGAGGAUCAGUUGCAUCUUCCAUCAUAGCAAACCUCGUAAUAUAAAUGGACUUUUUCUGCCACCUAGUAACAAUACUGUAUUUCAACAGGAAGGCCAAGAAGGAAUUUUGAAUUCAGCCCAUAGUCAAGAGUCACUCAAAAUUCAGGAGGCUUUUUUAAGACCAAUUCACCCUCCAGUGGUUGUAAACCUCAGCCAUGAUGAGGACGAUGAAGAGGAGGAUGAAGAGGAGGAUGAAGAUAACAAGAAUAAUAUUUCUGAUCUGUUGGAAAAGACUGCUGAAGACAUUGAAGAGGAAAGAGCAAUAAAGGAAAUGUGCUAUAAAUCUGGAGAAUAUUAUAGGAUUCAGUACCCUCAGGAACACCAGUCAACAGAAAUGGUAUCUCCAUCUCCAUCUUUGGAAAAUGAACAAUUACCAAUGGAAACCAUCGAGCAUGAUUUGUGGAAAGGUGACAGUAAUACAAUUCCUACAAAAUUUAAUAAUGUGGAAAGAGAGAGAGAGACUUCAGGAAGGAAAAUAUCAGUGCAGUGUAUUAGCAGAACACAUGAUAAAUCCUAUGAAAAUGAAGCUUCAUUUUCUGUAGGAGGUGAUUAUUCUGCGGCACAGAGAAACAAAUAUGUUAAUAGACAAAGAAGUGAGGCACAAUCUUUUGAAAAAACACCAACUGCAUCAAAAUAUUCAAAUAUAAAAGCAACAAACAGCUCUGAACGGGUGAGAAAAUACCACUUCAAGGGAGUAAAGAAAAAGAAAUGGAUUUCUGAGGAGCAAAGAAACUCACCUAAUCCAGGAAUAGGCAAAGGAAUUCCCACUUCAUACUCAAAAGCUACAACAAAUUACCAACGAAAUUAUCAAAGGAAGGAUGAUGAAACUGCUUCUUCUAUUCAUUCUGUGAGACAGACUGAAAGAAACACUUACUUCAAUUCUGCAGAACCUCGAAGGUCAGCAUAUGUGUUCUACCGUAAUACCAGAGUCAUACAGGAGCCAAGGUUUAAUGGAUAUACAGACAGGUAUUCUUCAGGAUCUUACAAUGCACCAACUUGGAGAAAAAGAAAUCCACAUGCGAAGACAUUCUCUAAGUUUAAAACAACCGUUCAGAACCAAGCAGAAAUGGAGAUGAAGAAAAAAGGAGAAUGAUCUACAUGCAGCAGAAAGAUAUGAAGCCAAUACUUACUUUGAAGAAAAAUUUAAGUUGAAGAGGGAAAUCACAACUGGACACCAAAAUGAUAAAAUAAGAUGCAGGAAGUACACUCUAACAUUCAAAAAUGAAAAGAAUGUAUAGUAAAAGUAUGUUCUGUAUGUGCACCUAUAAAGAUCUUCAGUCUGCUCACACAAUUUAAUCUGCUUUGAAAAUUUGGCAGUUGAAAUGAUUUUUUUACAGACUUUGGCUAUAUACUGGAAGACUGAUAGUAAAAGAUCCUUAAAAGAUACUGUCUGUUUUGUCAGACAGAUGCUUUAAUGCAUAAUUAUUAAUAUGAAUAGAUAUUAUUAGUUGUACUUGGCAUUUCAUAGGACUUUGAAUGUAAGCAGCAAUACUGAUGCAUUCUAGAAGAUGUCUGUGUUGCUGUGAAAGCCAGAUUCAUAGAUGACAUAAUUGUUUGCUUGAUGUUUGGGGGCUCGGUAUGAGUUUGACCUUGACAUUUCAUCAUUUUUGCAAGAAUUAACUGAAAUUUGUUUCUACACAUAUUUUAAACAAAUGUAUAAAAGAUUUGAUAAAGACAGAGACUUUAAUAUUGCUUUCUGAAAAACCAAACUGUCUAAAUAUUUGUAGUGAAAAACAGCUUACUGAUAUUUCCCUAGAGGACAUAAACUUGUUAUAACAUCUUUUCUUCAUUUCAGUGAUCUUUGUUGUUGUUUUUCUGUACCGUGUAUCAAUUUGAUUUCCUACCUGUAAAUGGAGAGAAUGGGAUUUGAUCACCUUCAUUCUGUGCUUAGUUCAAUAUAUCAAAUGUUAAAGGGCAAUGUGUGAAAAUACAUUGACUGCCACACCAGAAGGCAAAUGUAAGCAGGAAAUAGAGCCCAAAAGAGGAUCUUUAGAAGAUAAAGAUAAAUGCACUCAAAAAGUCAAAAUACCUUUGAAUACUGAAAAUUGCAUAACUGUGUGCCAUGUAACAGAAAGAGAUGUGUUUCAAAGAGAGUUAAGAAAAAGGGGGCCAGGAAAAGAAUUAUCUGUUAUACAUGGAAUACUGGUCAGUAGCCAAUGGAUGUGCCUAGUACUGAAUAGUUACAUAUAAAUGGAAUUAUUUCUUUGUCUCAAACAUUUUUCCUUUUUUAAUUUUAUGCAUUUACAUGACCCUUGGUCAUACUUAGAACAUAGUUUUGGAGUAGAGCCCUUCAAACUUGUUUGGGGAGCGCUGUGGUCCAGUGGCAGCCACAGCUGUGCAUAUAAAAGCAUUUUGUUUCCUUGCAACAUUUGCUUCAUUUUGACUGAACAUGAAAUUGUAUCAGAUGCCUUCUAGGGUGCCUUCUCGUUAAAAUUACUGUAUUGUUCUAUGAGAAAUAUCGUCAUACUUUCCUGAAAAUAUCUUGCAAAAACAAGGUAGUGGCAAAAUUUUUAUAGCUUUUAGAAAUUUAAUUUUUAAUAAUAUGAAUGUUAAAAAUGCUGUAAUUAUUGCAGUUGAGCAUUGCUUAGCUGAGAAUAGAUUGCCUAUUUUAGCUGAGAUACUGAAAAUGUAAAAGACACGAAACAUCUUUUUAAAAUCAAUUACUAAGCGUACUGAAAAUGUCUCCCUCUCUCUAAUUAAAUACUGGAUUUUCGAAUUGUAGCACACAGUGCCUUGCAGCAACAUUUUGUAUGUUGUCUGCUUGAGGCAUCUUAAAAUCUGGAUUUGGAGGGCUAUUCUGCCCAGAUAUUUUUUAAAAACUUGAAAAAUACUCUCAUUUUUUUCUCUGCUAUCUAAAUGUAAAUCUUACAUUUAGUGAUUGUUCAAUCUCUCUGUAGCUUACAGUAUUAUAUUUAACAGGACAAUAAAUUGAGCAGGGCUCGAAUAU